AUGGAGGUACGCGUAUUAGGAAAGUUUAUUCCCUUUGGCGAGCAGCAUAACAGGCGUGAAGACUCCAUUGGCGCAUGUAAACAAAAUCAACAACCAAUUUUUUUACAUAAACGGGCAACGAAAAAAAAUAUAUCCGAUAGUGCUAAUUUCAACUAUCGACUUUACGGGAGUUUUGAUCGUUCUGCGAAAGAAUCAAAUUACAAUGGAAACGUCGAUGAGGAACUUUUUGUUGAAGACAACCUCGUCAUUUGGAGUAGAGGCAACAUCUUGCAAAAGAGUUUCAGAUUCACGGAGCCUGUCCUUCAGGCUUUGUUUGUCUGGUUCGACGCGACAGAAACAUGUGGGAAAGGGUUAGAAUCAAAAAUCACGAGUAGGCACGAUAGGCAGAGAGCGCUGUUUGUUCUUCUCGAAGAUUACGCAAAGGUGUAUUUCCCAGACGGUCAAAAUUUCCUAAUUAGGGUUCCUUCACCUGUAAGACGCGCGUGGGCAAUGGACGUUGGUGUUAUUCUUCAAUGUGUGGUUGGUGAUGGUUCUUAUCAAAAUGUGUCUGAUUUCCCAUCAGGUUCCUUACCUACACUUUAUAGCCUUUUGGAUCCACUAGAGGAAAUAAAACCCUUAACGAUUGCAGAAAAAAUUACGAUUGAUGGAUCGAAGAUGAAUACGAGAGGGAAAACGCGCUCGUUUGCAGAUACUGACGAAGUAGUGAUCUUUGUUAAUGAUCGUGGAGGAGAGGGGAAUUCCAUCUUGGUCACCUUGAAUCGUUUAACUUUACGUCAUUCGAUAUACAAAUAUAUUAUCAACAAAAAAGAAAACAAUCUAAAGACGCGGUCCGAUAACUUUAAUAUACCUUUGACAUUCAUACGUAGUCGAAGUAAUUCGAAUGCUCGGGUUGAUGCACUUCAAAACUUUGACGGUAGAAUUUCAAGUGGAAUCGAAGAUUCUUUCCAGAGUGGAGAAGGACGGAAUUCAUAUCAAAGUUUAGAUAGAUUCUUGUACUCCGAUCAUGAUGAAAUAUUCAAUGAUUUGAGAAUUAAAUUGGAUUCCGACAGUGACGUGUUCUUGGAGUUGAUUUGGACAGAAUCUAUAGCCAAAAUUGAAAGAUUCGAAGCGAGCGAUGUGUUCAUUGCUCAUGAUUAUGAUGGACACGAAAUUUUGUGCAUAUUUUCCAAAGAAUCAAAGGAUUUCAUGGCUUUGGACGUUUGUGCAAAUUCCCAUGAUCUACAAAUAUAUGCAAAGUUUGAAUUUAAAAUUGGGGCUGCCGCUCCUGUGAUAGCCACAAGGUCACACCUAUACGACAUAUUAUUUGUAAAGGAAGUAGGGAAAGUUUCGACGCUGGAACUCUGGAUUGGAUACGGGAAACUUAUUCCUUUAAACCUUGAUUACGAUGCGAUUAAAUAUGGACUCGAAUUUUGCGGCAGCAGGGAAGAAUCGACGAGAAAAGAUGCUCACAUUCCACAGGAGGCUUUUUCCCAUCAACUAUUUCGCAAAUACCUGAUAUCCACUCCAACCUAUUUUCAUUCGAAUGCACCUAUAAUAGGGUUGAGAGAUUAUGUUCACAAUCGGCUAAAUUUUGUCUUUUCGAACACCAUUGUGAGAGUCAGCUUAAACUUUAUUCCAAAUUCCAAGCUCGCCCGCUCUUGUUUGGAAGCUCUUAGUUACGUGCUACCGACGGAUUUAUAUUUUGAUUUCAAAGCACAAUAUAUGUCGUUUCAGUAUGGUGGUGACGGCAAGUUUUCGGACCUGCGAAGAGGAACGGAGUGGGAAAAUUUCGUCACCGUAUUAUUUUCAUUCCUUCAUUUGUCUGGGCAAAAUUUACCGGACCAUAGAUAUCAGGAAUCCCUUGAUGAAUCUGAAAAAAGCGAUUGGGAUUUUAUGUUAUCAUCUACUAAACACGCGAAAUUUAAUUUCAACACCCAUUAUCAAUGCUUGCGUCCCUCAAUAACUACUGAAAACUGCUCAAUUAUCAAGUUGUUUGAAAAGUCUCGAAGGCUCUAUUAUGCUUAUUUUGCAUUUUAUCAUAGAUUAGAAAAAAAGUUUAUUAGUUUUCUACCUAGCAUCCUUUUAUCACUUCAUUUGGUUUAUCAAGAUUUGAAGUUAGAUACUUUGUUGCAAAAAUUUAUCAACGAUCUUGUUCCAUUGUUGAUCCAGUUGGCAUAUUUUCUCGGUUGGGAUAGGUAUAUUGAUUAUUAUCAACGAGACUAUGGGAUGAAUCAGAUAUUCCGAUUUGAAAAAGUCGUCAUCACCGAAUCAAAGUUACCUAACGAUCAUCCUUUGUUCACGCCACCGGAUAUUUUUCAGUGGAUUUUGGAAUGUAUCCGGCAUGGAAUGAGAAAAAACCAAUGUUUUCUCGAUGUGAAGGAUAUUUCCAAAAUCUUUUCGGUUUCGAAAAUUGAAGAAAAGUUGAUUCACGAUUUUGAUUGUUGCUCAAGAACUCGUAAGAUAAACUCGAUCUACAAAGCAUUAAUUAACGAAGGGGAAAGGUCCAUGAUCCUCGAGAUGGUCAAAGUCGGAUAUUCAAUUAAAUAUAUUGAUUCUUUGCCGUUUGGGGUCGCAAUUCCUUUGCGUGAAGCGAUAAGAAAGUGUCGGGAAGAACCGCCUUCAAAUUGGCCCGGUGAAGCUUACAUUUUAGUUGGUCGGGAAGAUUUGGCCGAAUUAUCAUGCGGCAUUCCGGUUGGGUACAUUCACACCCGUGUUAACAAGAUGGAAUCGAAGCCGCGCGACAUCCUGCAAAUUGUUGAACCAACGAACUCGGCUUCAACAUCAACGUCACAAGAUCAGCAGCAAGAUAACACCGGAACCGAGAUUUCAAAUCGUGAAGUCUCUGAUUUAAGAUUUGGAAACGACAAAAGAUUAAUUGAGGUGCAGCGACUUUUGCAAUCCUGUAAUGUGGUAAAAGCCGAUAUGCCUAUGUCGGAUUUGGGUGUUCAGAACGAAGAAAGUUCACCCCAGAUGCUUGAGAAAGUUCAGGUACAAUGUUUGAAAAAUUUUUCACAACCUGUUGGUCGAGGGAUAUUGACUUAUGGUACCGCGACACCGAUUGCCACCGAACCGUUCCCCAUACCUGGCUUCAGCACAUCCAUUAAGGUAUCACCAUUUAAUUCAUCGAUAGAAGUCGGACGAGCAAUUCGCUUGCCAGAAAGUAUUGAAUGGCCGGAAUUUCAUGAUGGUGUGGCGGCCGGUUUACGGAUUCCUUCAACAAUCACUAUCGAAGGAUCGUGGAUUUCGCUUAAUAAACCCAAAGAUCUUAACAACAGUCACGCGGGAUUUCUUUUGGGGUUAGGUUUGAAUGGGCAUUUGAGAUCCAUGGCAACAUGGCAAGCUGUCGAUUAUCUGAUGAAGACACCCAAGCACGAUAUUACGACCAUUGCUCUGGUACUUGGUCUUCCGGCUUCAUAUAUCGGAACGAUGAAUACUGAAAUCACAAAAUUCGUGGCGGUCCACGUGACGGCCAUGUUUCCUCCGAAAUCGACCAGUUUAAAUGUAUCACCUCUCGUGCAAACCGCCUCAAUACUCGGUUGUGGAUUGCUUUAUAUGGAAACCUGCAACAGGUAUAUGUCACAGAUAAUGCUUGCGGAAAUCUCAACGAGGGCAUUGAAGACUUCCGAUAGUUCUGAAACCGAUUUCACUGAAGGAUACUCACUCGCCGCUGGAUUGGCGCUGGGUCUAAUAAAUUUAGGUCACGGUGACAAUGCAUGCGAGUCCAUUGACCUGGAUUUAUUUAAAGAACUGCGGUUGUAUAUCGACAGCGGUAGGGGCUCCGCAAAGAAACCAUUAUCCGUCAAUGAAAGUGACGUAAACAUCACGUCUCCGGGUGCAACAAUUGCUCUCGGAUUUUUGUAUCUGAAAACCGGUAAGGUUAGUGUGGCAAAUAAAAUUUCGAUACCCGAAGCCGAAUUCUUUUUGGAUUAUAUGCGGCCCGAUUUCCUUUUGGUCAGAACACUUGCGAAGAAUUUGAUAAUGUGGGAUAAUAUUCAGUCUACACAAAGUUGGGUUGAAAAUCACAUACCUCAAUAUAUGAAAAGGAAAUUGACUCGCAGUCGUGAACUCGAUUGUGAAAAUUUGGAAUCCAUCAGGAGAUCAUAUUAUUACAUUUUGGCCGGGGCAUGCCUCAGCAUGUCAUUAAAAUAUGCUGGAUCCGCGGACAAAAGUGCGCUCAAGUGUUUGUUGUAUUAUUUGGAUUUAUUUAUGGGACUCGAGAGUGGAAGAUCGAUAGCUCCCACCUUCGACGAAAACAUCACACUAUCUGCCAUCAAAAUUUGCUUAAACGUUUUGGCAACAUGCACGUCUAUUGUUGCUGCGGGUACCGGAAAUCUCGAGGUUUUGCGACGAAUACGUAAACUUCAUAAGCAAGAAACUGACACUACCAACUCAAGCUCCAUAUCUCGUUCUUAUGGGACUCACAUGAUGACAAGCAUGGCGUUGGGUUUCUUGUUUCUUGGCGGCGGAAAUUUCACCCUUUCAACGUCGAACAAGGCAAUUGCCGGUUUGGUUUGUUCAUUGUUUCCAAGAUAUCCGAUUGAAACUUAUGAUAAUCGUGCGCACUUGCAAGCUUUCAGACAUUUAUGGGUAUUGGCCGUUGAGCCAAGAUGCUUGGUGUUGAGGGAUAUUGAGACAAGGGAGGUCUGCCAUGUACCUGUGAAGAUUGUUUUUAAGGAUUUGUAUAAUGCAGAAGUAGUAACAAAUGCCGAUGGUGGGAAGGGUCUUCAAUCCAAGGUAUUGGCCUGUAAGAUUAGAAUUCGGAAAAAACGCGGAAUUCGACCAAAGGUUUUGGAAAAAUUCGACCCUACACGUAAAAAGAAAGAUUGGACAUUUAACCUAUGCAGAGGUUUAAGAAAUUUGUUUACACGAAUUUUUCCCGGUGGCAAACCCUUGUUAAGUACGGUUAAUGGUCAGAAGAAGCUUGAUUUUAUUGGAAUAUUUUCGUCCGAUCCACAAGUUCAGGCAUUCUCCCGGUAUCUUUGUGAAGAUUUUAGCGUCAAUGCUGACGGUGGCGAUAAGGAUUUAGUUACGUUCUGUAACGUCAUACUUUCCGAAUGUUUGAAUGCGGAUAAGGUUGAAGCGAUUCAAAUUUAUUUGAAACUCUAUCAAAUCCAGAAGAGUCUGGAAAGAAUAAGUGGAUUGGAUCUAUGGAACAUUAUGUUGACUCUCGAGUAUUACAAAAAUGCAUCGAAGAUUGAACGUCGUGACAGACGUCAGAAGGACGAGUUUCUUAUAAAACAAGAGUAUAUCUCUUCCUUGAGGGCGGUAUUGGAUCGAUUUUUCGAGGUUCCAUCAUUCAUCACAGGCUCCGGUUCUGCUGUUGCUUCAUCGAAUGAUGAGUACUUCGUGAGUUUAUUAAGGUCGUACUUUACCAAUUUCGAAUUUCCAUCGGCAGAGCGACUUGGAGGCGAAGGGAAUAGAGAUAGGUUUUUAAAGUAUUUAACAUCAUGGCUUAUUUAUUAUGAAGUACCCGAUAAAUACAUUUUGCUGAACGUGACAGGACAUGUUAGGGAAUUAAAGAGAAAGUUGAGUUUAGAAAAGGUCAAUGAUGCGACGGCGGUAGACGCGACAUUACAAGUCCUUUCAACUUUGUGGCCAAAUCUUUCUAAUAACACUUUGAGAGCCAUCCUUUAUUGUAUGGCAUAA